UACCGGGUUUGAUUAAAGGGGAAUGACCGGGAUCCGUGUGUCCGCCCUCGGUUCUGUCCCGUUCGGUUCCGUUCGGUUCCGGUCUCGUGUCCGGUGGGCGGGGCUGGGGGCGGGGCUUCGCUGUGCGCGCGCAGUGAGAGGCGUGACAACGUGGCGCCGGCGGGAACCGUGUUUGUGUGCGGGUCGGUGCGUGAUGGCGGUGCCGUUCGUGGAGGACUGGGACCUGGUGCAGACACUGGGGGAAGGAGCCUACGGGGAGGUGCAGCUGGCCCUGAACCGCCGCACCGAGGAGGCCGUGGCCGUGAAGAUCGUGGACAUGAAGCGCGCUGCAGACUGCCCCGAGAACAUCAAGAAGGAGAUUUGCAUCAACAAGAUGCUCAACCACGACAACGUCGUCAAGUUCUACGGGCACCGGCGCGAGGGCGCCACGCAGUACCUGUUCCUGGAGUACUGCAGCGGCGGGGAGCUCUUCGACCGCAUCGAGCCCGACAUUGGGAUGCCAGAGCCGGAUGCACAGCGCUUCUUCCAGCAGCUGAUUGCGGGUGUGGUAUAUCUGCACAGCAUGGGCAUCACGCACCGUGAUCUGAAGCCAGAGAACCUGCUGCUGGAUGAUCGAGACAACCUGAAAAUCUCCGAUUUUGGCCUGGCCACCGUCUUCAAGCACAACGGGCGCGAGCGGCUGCUGAACAAGAUGUGUGGGACGCUGCCCUACGUGGCCCCCGAGCUGCUGCGGCGCCCCGAGUUCCGAGCUGAGCCCGUGGACGUGUGGGCCUGCGGCGUGGUGCUGACCGCCAUGCUGGCAGGAGAGCUGCCCUGGGAUCAGCCCAGCGACAGCUGCCAGGAGUACAGCGACUGGAAGGAGAGGAAGACCUACCUGUCACCAUGGAGGAAGAUCGACUCAGCACCAUUAGCGCUGCUGCACAAGAUCCUGACCGAGAGCCCCACGGCGCGAAUCACCAUCCCCGACAUCAAGAAGGACCGCUGGUACUGCCGGCCCCUCAAGAAGGGUGAGGGCUGGGUGAGGGCUGUGGGGCAGGGCUCGUUUCCUGCCCGUGCUGUGCACAGCGUGGGCUCUGUGCUGUGUUUUGCAGGCACGAAGCGCAGCCGCGUGUCCUCAGGUGGCGUCACCGAGUCUCCAGGAGCCCUCCCCAAACACAUCCGCUCCGACACGGACUUCUCUCCUGUGAAGAGCGCCCUGGGGGAGGACAAGGUGAGCUACUCCACGUCGCAGCCUGAGCCCGGCACCGGUGGCACGUUGUGGGACGGCAGCACGGGCAGCAUCGACCGCCUGGUGCAGGGCAUCAGCUUCUCACAGCCUGCCUGCCCCGAGCACAUGCUGCUCAACAGCCAGCUGCUGGGCACGCCGGGCUCCUCGCAGAGCCCCUGGCAGCGCCUGGUGAGGAGGAUGACGCGCUUCUUCACCAAGCUGGACGCCGACGGCUCCUACCGCAGCCUGAGGGACGUGUGUGAGAAGAUGGGCUACGGCUGGAAGCAGAGCUGCACCAACCAGGUCACCAUCUCCACCACGGACCGGAGGAACAACAAGCUGAUCUUCAAGGUGAACCUGCUGGAGAUGGAGAGCAGGAUCCUGGUGGAUUUCCGCCUCUCCAAGGGCGAUGGGUUGGAGUUCAAGAGGCAUUUCCUGAAAAUCAAAGGCAAACUGAGCGACGUGGUCAGCACGCAGAAGGUGUGGCUGCCCCCACCCUGACCCCCCCCCUCCCUCCUCCUCCUCCUCACCCCCGCAGAGCUGUGCCCCGCAGUGCAGUGCCAUGGGGUCGGGCAGUGCCAUGGGGUCAGCCCGGCUCUGCGCCUGCUGAGGCUUUUAUGGGUUCAAUAAAGUGGGAUCUGAGCUCUG